UCCUGCAUUGGCUGUAGACCAAAGGGGUUCAGCUGUAGCUGAUAAAGAAAAUGUCGAAUCACAUGUAUCUCCUGCUUCAUUACAGGCAAGAGACCCAAGUGGUUUACCUCGAGAGGGUGUAGAGGAGGUUGAUCUACAUCCUCCAGCUGCACCUGCCCUACAUGGUAGGGAGGAGAAUCAACCUCCAAACAGCAACAUCAACAAUAGUGAUGGUCUUCAACCGCAACAACCCACUUUAUCUGCAUCAAAGGGACCCACCACCGAGACACCCAAGCCUGAAAUGGAAAAUAUGCCCACCUCUGAGAUCUCAAACCAAGAUAUUUCUAAACCCACUGAUACUGUGGAGGACACUCCUUCCAUCAAGGAGGUUAAUCAUAAUAAUACAACGGAAAGCAAUGAACAUGUGCAAGAAACAAUAACAGAGUCUCCCUCACAUAAUGGGAACGAUGAAGGAACAAAUACCACAGUUGAUACAACUCAUUCCCCAAACAGUCCUGCCACCGAUAAUGAGAAGAAUGAAACCAUUGUGAAUACUCACAACAACACAACUAACUCAACAACAACAAGCAUACCAGAGAAUGUAAACGCAGCUGUCGCUCCUGCCACUUUGACAGAACUAAACAACACUCAGGUAGGACAAGUAAUGAACCAGGCGGCCACCAUUGUUAUUGCGGGUGCUGACAGCAGCAUUUCCGCUUCAUACCAAAUCUCUCUUUUGCUUAUUGUGUCUGCUCUGGUGGCUCUGGCAUCCCCAUGA